AUGUCUGCUGCCGUCGAGAAGGUUUCCGAAGCCGUCAAUGACGUUACCAAUGCUCUGAGCAAUGCCACUAUCUCCGACAAGGCCGCCGAUAAGCCUGCCGCCAACAACGAUGCCGUCCUCGCCAGCGCUGCUGAGGGACGCCGUCUGUACAUCGGCAACCUGGCCUACGCGACAACGGAGGGGGAGUUGAAGGAGUUCUUCAAGGGUUACCUUGUUGAGUCCGUCUCCAUUCCCAAGAACCCUCGCACCGACCGACCUGUUGGCUACGCCUUCGUCGACCUCUCCACCCCUUCCGAGGCCGAGCGCGCCAUCUCUGAGCUUUCCGGCAAGGAGAUUCUCGAGCGUAAGGUCUCGGUUCAGCUUGCCCGCAAGCCUGAGCCCGCUGGAGAGAAGACCGAGGGUGCCAACGGUGAGGGUGCUGGUGAGGGUAACCGCCGCCGCGCCUCCGGUCGUGGCCGUGGACGUGGCCGCGGCCGUGGCGGUCGUGGUGCCCGCGGUGGCCGCAACGAGGAUGGCACUCCCAUCGAGGGUGCUGCCGCCGAGGUCCCUGCCGGCGCUCCCGCUACCUCUGAGGUUCUGCCUCUGACCGAUGCCACCAACAAGGAUGCCGCCAAGACCCAGAAGGCCGGCGAGUCCGCCGAGGCUCGUGCCCCCCGUGAGCGUCGCGAGCGUGGCCCUCCCGCCGAUGGCAUUGCCUCCAAGACCAAGGUCAUGGUCGCCAACCUCCCCUACGACCUGACCGAGGAGAAGCUCAAGGAGCUCUUCGCCGCCUACGAGCCUUCUUCCGCCAAGAUCGCUCUCCGCCCCAUCCCCCGCUUCAUGAUCAAGAAGCUUCAGGCUCGCGGCGAGCCCCGCAAGGGCCGUGGCUUCGGCUUCGUUACCCUCGCCUCUGAGGAGCUUCAGCAGAAGGCUGUUUCCGAGAUGAACGGCAAGGAGAUUGAGGGCCGCGAGAUCGCCGUCAAGGUCGCUAUCGACAGCCCCGACAAGACCGACGAGGAGGCCAACGCCCCCAAGGAGGAGACCAAGGCCAACGGCACCCAGGAGGCUGCCACCGAGGCCGCGGCUGCUCCUGCUGCUGCCGAGACCCCGGCUGCCGCUCCCGCCACCACCGCCUAA